AUGGAUGAAACUACGCGGCUGGAGUUGAAAAGCCUCAUAUCAGCGACUAGAUCGCAGGUAUCUGGAAAUGCUUCAGUCCUACACCCAGCUGGUGUUGGAGAGUCGCUUCGAUAUUCUUCGCCGUCCUGGAGCAGGAGAGUAGGCUUAGCUGUGCUACUUAUCCUCAUCCCGAUCGGAUAUUCAGUCAUCCUUGUCAUGAUGGCUUAUUUGCAUGGAAAGAAACAGAGCCCAUUCGGCGACACGGUACUAGAAGUUCUAAGCGUUGCUUCCACCUUGUGGCCAAUUUUGUUCGCUGCUGUCCUGGGACCAUUGUUAAAAUCCAUUGCACUCUUCCGUGCUGAAAGAGGAUCGAGGCUAGGCUCCCUAGAGUUCCUCUUGACCAGUCAGACCACGGCUUCUGCCCUGAAGAACAUUCUCACGAUGGGAUGGAUUGGUAGUUGGGCCAUUGGCGUCAUUGCAAUAUGGUCCCUGAGUCCUUUAGGAGGUCAAGCCGCACUCCGCUCAUUGGGACUCCAGCAGAAUCCUAUUUCCACAAAGACGCCAGCAACUUACUACCUUGGGAAUAAUAGAAGUCAGGUCUACCAGUACUACCGCGCUGGGGCGAGCGUCUUCUUCGGAGCAUCAGCUGGAGCAUCGCUCAUUUCAGAUAUGAGAACUAUUCUUUCUACUUCGUUUUCGACUCAGGAUAUCCUUGUUUCGCACGCCAACACGAGUAGCCCACAUUACAAUGACACCAUUGCUGACCUUGGGGGAUACGACGGCGAGGACCCUCAUGCAUGGGUGUCUGUUCCUGAAGAUGAAAUCGUCCCUUAUGCUUCACUGAUUGGACUCCCGAUCCGAGGCGGCUCAUUCGAAAGACCAGGAAACUCAAGCAUGACAGUUCAUUUCCAUUAUCAGACUCUUUCUUGCGGGAGUGCCUUCAAUGGGAGCGAAUGGGUCAGAAACGGUUCUGCGGCGCUCUGGUAUCACAACACCAGGUCAAGCGUUCCUUUAAGGAACCAAUACAUGGGCGAAGCAGCACCUAAUAUGGGAUACCCAAAUAUCUGGUUCGACUUCCCAAACACUUCCACGCUCACGGAGCACUUCACAGCAACAUUCGACAUGGAACCACAGUCAAAGUUGCAACUUGUGAUGGGAGGUAUAUGCACUGACGCUGCAUACAAAAAUACGGAAAUGCUCAGACUUUGCGACAUCAGCACUUCGUAUAUCGACAUGCAGAUCGGCUGUACUAGAGCUACGGUCGAUGCUGACCUCGUAUGCCAGGCUAAACAGGCUAGGCACACGCCAUCAUACCCGAUCAAGGGCAACUUGACAGCACUUUCAAGCUGGAGGCUAGCACCGGGAAUUCUGCGAGAGCUACCAUUCACGGGCGCAAGUCAUCAUGUCGAGGAGCCCAGCACGCUUGAGAUGUAUCUAAGGGACCCCCUUGGAGUCUUCCAGCGCAUUCGCGGAGGAUACAUGGAUGACCCGGAGACUACGAACAAGCUGGGAUGCUUCGCUUCUCUCCCCGCGGAGAUCAUUGAACGCAGACUCGCAACUGUCCUCAACACGAUCACCAUGCCGACUUAUGAAGUGAACGUGUUGACUGGUGGCAAGGGAUUGUCACUCGAUGGCGGACCAGUGCUCUGGCAGAAUACCACUGCGACAUGGGUGGAGUUUGACAGUGAUAUCUACAAGCUGAAUAAGCCGUGGUUUAUUACGACAAUACUAUCGACCGUAGUAUUGAUGAUUUGUGCCGCUGCCAACAUCGUUAUUCGCCAGCGUAUCAGAGCCCCCGAUUUCCUGGAUAGUGUUGCUGGGUUGACAAGAGAUUCUCAAUUCGUAGAUGUCUCUCAAGAGGGAAGUGGGAAAAGUGGCUCUGACAGACUUGAAAUGAUCAGAGAUGUCCAGGUUCGGAUUUGUGAUGUUUAUCCAGAGCGAGAGAUUGGGAAGAUUGCUUUGACGACGGAACUAAACGGCCCAAAAUUGAGAUGGGAGCGGAUCUAUGCUUAG